UUAGCUAUGUAUACGUCAGCGUUCAUAUUUCUCCAGACUGAGGACGGAAGAGUUACAGCAGGGAAAUGGAGACAGCGCUAUCCACGGCAGUGACAAGGAAAGCUAGCUACACUGUACAGAGAAUUCGACAACACUUUACUACACUCAAUUACGAUCUCCUCCGUACUGCAUAACUACAGUUUGUUCAGCCAUGACUGUGUUGGCAAGUUUCCAGUCCGAAGGCCUUGUGUGUCUAAUUUUAAUGUCCGUGGCUAUGGCAACGAAACUGUCGCUAACAAAUGGAGGGUAUGAAGACAUUACGAUCGCAAUCAACAAACAUGUUCCAAAGUCAGUGGAGAUGGUUGAAAAACUCCAGACCCUCCUACAGGAUGCCUCGGAGAGUCUGUACUCUGCUACAGGUCUGUACAUGCGCACUGCUACCAUCCUGGUGCCCAGCAGUUGGCAGAUGGGGGACAGGAAUGACAAACUGACGUUCUCUGAGGCGGACAUGAGGGUAGACCGACCCCACCCCUACUACAGAGACCAGCCCUACACCCAGCCCACCUGGACGUGUGGGGCCAUGCAACGCUGCGUGCACCUCACCCCGGGCUUUGUCCUCGGAAAGACUGACUGCACAAAGCAUAAACAACGUGGCAUCCUCCUUGCAAACCAGUUUGCUCGAUAUCGCUGGGGGGUGUUCGACGAUGUUAUAUCAGAUGAAACGAUUUCAAAGAGAAUGUCCAGAAAUCAUGAGAAAGCUUGUAAGGGGAAAACUGUGGCGGACAUCAUAAAAAGUCACGACGACCACAGUCAGAAAGGUCAGACGCCAACUGAGGCAGUCACAGUCACAGUCACUGUUGUGUACAACGACAACGACCAGGACAAGAACCCGGAAGAGAAGCAGUGUGGACGUCGCGUUGUAUUACUGCUUGAUGACUCCUUUUCUAUGAACGAUGAUUCUCGUGUAUUCAGGCAGAAGCAAGUGGCUAGAAAUUUUAUAAAGGACGUGCUUCCCACCAACUCAGAGAUUGGAAUAAUAACAUUUCAUGAGUAUAGCGUCAUGCUAGUAGGGAGUCUUACCAAGCUCACCAGUGAUGAAGAUGAAGGACGACUAGUCGACUUGGUAACGCAGGAUCGUCAACUAGGAGCAGCCACGGGAAUAGGACAGGCCUUGAAAGAUGCACUUGCACUGCUGAAAGGUGCUGGUCGUGAAGGAACCAGUGAGGAGGACAGAAUACUCUUGAUUACCGACGGCGAGGAGAACCCACAAGGAGGCCCGACAAUCGCUGAUGUCAUUGAGGACAUCACUGAGUCAAGAGUGAUGGUCCAUUCAAUAGCAUUGGGGCGUGAUGCUUCCAAGUCUCUGGGAGAGCUCUGUCAGGCUACAGGUGGAGUGUAUGGCUACUACACUGAGAAAGCCCAGUCAGCAACCCUCACACAGGUCGUCAGCAACUUGUGGCAAGAUUUCAACAUGUUGUGUGUGGAGGAGCAGCCCAUUGAGAUUGUGAACCUACCACUAGAAGUAAGCAAGGACAAACCUGUGGUUGAACAACCUGUACCAAUAGACUCCACCGUCAAUAAGACCGUUUUCCAGUUUACUUCUCCAGAGAACUCGGACAUUGAGCUGCAGAUUAAAGACCCCGAGAACAGGACCUAUGACAGAAACUCACCUCAGUACACAGAAGAUCUACGACUCAAAGUGGACAAGUUCACCUUUGACAACCCGCAGCCAGGUGAAUGGAACGUGACGGUUAGAAGCAAGUCCGUGCAUUCAAGACCCGAAGCGGUAAUAAUGACUGUCAAGGCUGACCCCAAACAGGACUCCGAAACGUAUGAGGUCCAGUCAUGGCUUGACAGCAUAAUCGUCAAAGUCCUGCGAUAACCCGGAUCUACGUAUCAGUGACACGAGGUUACUCCCUUUGAUUAAGGCCAAGGUGACAGCUACAGUUGAAAGACCAGAUGCAGAUGCUGUAAAUGUGGACCUGAGAGAGAUGACGGAAAAGGUGCUGACGUAGCUGGUUUGACGGUAUACACUGGCGAAUUCACCGGCUAAGAUGCCUUACUCCCUUGCCACGU